AUGGAUUCCAUAGACGAGAAGAUGGAGAGCCGCCGGGCACCUGUUACUGAUGACGGCGAGCAUUCAUCAACGCCGCAGUCUGAAAUGACGGCAGCAAACGAGCAGCGAGAUGACCACCCGGAUCAAAAUGUCGCCGAGCUGAUACGGUCCUUUAGUAUGAGCCUGGUGAGGAGCGCCAGCCAUGCUCAGGGCGGCGGCAUCGUGAAUCCCUUUCUCGCGUCGAAUCCCGCCAUGGACCCCAAUUCGCCCAGUUUUGAUGCAAUCGAAUGGGCAAAGGCCUUCUUGCAGCACUCGGACCUGCACCCCGAGAAGUAUCCUCGUGCAAGGGUGGGAGUUUCUUGCAGGAACCUAGGAGUUCAUGGCUAUGGUACAGAUACAGACUAUCAGAAGAACGUUCUCAAUAUUCUGAUGCAAGGUCCCCUCAUGAUCAAGCAAUGGAUCAGUCAUCGUCGCCGUAAGAUCGAUAUCUUGCGCAAUUUCGAUGGCCUGUUCCGAAGCGGAGAGAUGAUCCUUGUUCUUGGACGUCCAGGAAGUGGUGUUACAACACUGCUCAAAACAAUUGCUGGUGAAACAAACGGCCUUCAUCUUGAUCCCGAGUCGCAUUUCAGUUAUCAAGGUAUCCCAAUGGAUAAAAUGCGCAAGUGCUUCCGUGGUGAAGUCAUCUAUCAGGCUGAGGAAGACAUUCACUUCCCCCAUCUGACCGUAGGCCAAACACUCCAAUUUGCUGCUCUGGCACGAACACCUCGCAAUCGCUUGCCAGGUGUCAGUCGGAAACUCUAUGCUACUCACCUGAGAGACAUUGCCAUGGCUGUCUUCGGUAUCUCCCACACCGUCAACACCAAAGUAGGAGAUGCCUUCGUCCGAGGUGUAAGUGGCGGCGAGCGCAAGCGUGUGAGUAUCGCUGAAGUCACACUGAGCCAAAGCCCAAUCCAGUGCUGGGAUAACAGCACACGCGGCCUUGACAGUGCCACCGCUCUGGAAUUUGCCCGUACUCUUAGGUCGGCGACAGAUCUUGUGGGUAUGUGUGCUAUCGUGGCAAUGUAUCAGGCUUCACAGCCAGCAUACGAUAUUUUCGACAAAGUCGCUCUGUUGUACAAGGGACGACUAAUCUAUUUUGGCCCUCGAGACGCAGCAAGAAAGUACUUCACGGACAUGGGCUUCAACUGCCCUGAUCGCCAGACCACUGCGGAUUUCCUCACGUCACUCACAAACCCAGCUGAAAGAACAGCCAGAGUAGGGUUCGAGAACAGAGUUCCCAACAGCCCUGAUGAGUUUGAAAAGUUGUGGCAAGAAAGCGCGCUUCGAAAGAGUCUGCUCCAAGAUAUCACCACUUUUGAGGAGGAGUAUCCAUUAGAUGGGAAAGAGACGGAAAAGUUUCUUCAGACGCGCAAAGUUCAACAAGCAUCUUGGAUGCGUCGAGGAUCUCCAUAUACCAUCAGUAUAAUCAUGCAAAUCCAGCUGUGUAUGAUGAGAGGAUACCAAAGACUCGUGGGCGAAAUGCUUUUUCCACUUGUGACCAUCGCAGGCAACGCAGCGAUUUCUUUAUUGCUUGGUAGUAUCUUCUACGAUCUCCCUGAUACUGCCGACAGCGCAAACAGUCGCGCGGUUCUCCUGUUUUUCUCAAUUCUAUUCAAUGGACUAAGCAGCGCUCUUGAGAUCCUGGCUCUCUAUGUUCAGCGGCCAAUCGUUGAAAAGCAUUCCCGCUACGCCUUUUACCACCCCUUCGCUGAAGCAGUUUCAUCCAUGAUUUGCGAUCUCCCUAUUAAAGUGAUGUCUACCUUGUGCUUUAACAUACCGCUGUACUUCAUGGCCAAUCUUCGGCAAGACGCAGGCCAUUUCUUCACUUUCUUGCUGAUAGGCUUUACCUGCACUAUGACCAUGUCGAUGAUUCUACGAACCAUUGGCCAGGUCUCUCGCACGAUUCACCAAGCACUGACUCCUGCCGCUUUCUUCAUCCUUGGGCUUGUCAUCUACGCCGGGUACGUCCUGCCCACUCGUCUCAUGCAAGGAUGGCUCCGAUGGCUCAACUAUAUCAACCCCAUUGCGUAUGCGUUCGAAGCAACGGUUGCGAACGAAUUUACCGGUCGUCAGUUUCCCUGCCCGGCCUUUGUGCCCGCCUAUCCUAAUGCUGGACCGUUUGAGAGGACUUGCUCGGUGGCGGGUGCUCAGCCUGGUGCUGAUUUCGUGGAUGGAGAUUUCUACAUUGGAGCAAAUUAUGGCUACAAGAAAUCUCACAUCUGGAGAAAUUUUGGAAUUCUUGUCGCCUAUCUGCUAUUCUUUCUCGCUACUUAUAUCCUUUCCGCUGAGUUUAUCACCACGGGAAGAUCCAAGGGAGAAGUGCUGGUUUUCCAGCGCGGCCAUGAUGCCAAUCGUGCGGCUGGCCCUGAGGUCGCAGAUGAAGAGUCUGUAGCUGCUGGCGAGAAGAUUGACCACUCCGAUCGUACGACCGUUGUGAAAGAUGAGAAAAAGGAAGCACCUAGGUCCAGCGGAGGUGUAUUCCACUGGCGCAAUCUUUGCUAUGACAUUACCAUCAAAGGGCAGCCGAGGCGUAUUCUAGAUGGUGUCAGCGGAUGGGUGCAGCCGGGAACCUUGACAGCUCUUAUGGGAGCCACAGGUGCUGGGAAAACCACUCUUCUCGACGUGCUAGCCAACCGAGUUACCAUGGGCGUUGUCAGUGGGGACGUUUCAGUUGAUGGAAUUCCCCGCGGGAACAGUUUCCAGAGAAAAAUUGGUUACGUGCAGCAGCAAGAUAUCCAUCUUUCUACAUCUACGGUGAGAGAGGCUCUUCGAUUCAGCGCUCUACUACGUCAAACUAGCACCAUUAGCAAGAAAGAAAAGUUUGAGUAUGUUGAAUCAAUGAUUGAAUUGUUGGAGAUGCAAGAAUAUGCAGACGCCGUUGUUGGUGUUCCCGGAGAAGGCCUUAAUGUCGAGCAGCGGAAACGCCUCACGAUCGGGGUAGAGCUGGCUGCGAAGCCGGACUUGCUUCUUUUCCUUGACGAACCAACAUCGGGACUUGAUAGCCAAACUGCCUGGAGUAUUGCCACCCUGAUCCGAAAGCUGUCUGAUAAUGGGCAGGCCAUUCUAUGUACUAUCCACCAGCCCUCAGCCAUGCUCUUCCAGCAAUUUGAUCGCAUACUCCUUCUCGCGAAGGGUGGGAAGACGGUGUAUUUUGGCGACCUCGGAAAAGACUCGCGACAACUGAUCGACUACUUCGAGAGACAGGGAGGGGAGAAAUGCCAGCCAGAGGAGAACCCUGCCGAAUGGAUGCUGAAAGUAAUUGGAGCCGCCCCGGGAUCCAAAGCUACGCGAGACUGGCAUGAAGCCUGGCUCAACAGCCCCGAAUACAGCCGGGUCCAAACACGGCUGGAGGAGCUUUCUUCGACGUCACGAAGCGGUGCACAGGUAUCUAGCGAAGACAAUGUUGCUACAUACGCAAUGUCUCUUCAACAACAGUUCGUGGCAUGCUUUUACCGAGUAUGGCAACAGUACUGGCGAACGCCGUCAUACAUCUAUGCGAAAUUGAUCCUCUCUGGAGGAACUGCUUUAUUCAUUGGUGUGUCUUUCUACGACGCGGACCUCUCCAUGACCGGUCUUCAAGACCAAAUGUUUGCGGUCUUCAUGCUGCUCGUCGUGUUUGCAUUCCUCUCUUACCAGACGAUGCCCAACUUCAUAAAGCAAAGAGAGAUCUAUGAAGCUAGAGAAAGGUCAUCAAAGAUGUAUUCAUGGAUCGUCUUCAUGCUCUCGAAUAUUGCAGUCGAGAUUCCCUGGAACUCCUUAGUUGGUGUUCUUCUUUACGUCUUAUUCUACUACCUCACAGGGAUGAACAAUAAUGCGAAGCUCUCUGACUCUGUGAAUGAGCGAAGUGCGCUCAUGUUCCUUCUUCUGUGGGCUUUCAUGCUGUUCGAGUCUACCUUUGCAAACAUGGUGAUUGCAGGUGUCGAGAUGGCCGAGGUGGGAGCCACGGUUUCCCUCAUCUUGUUUGCUUUCUGUUUAAUCUUCUGCGGUGUCAUUGUGUCAAGAACUGCCCUUCCUGGCUUCUGGAUCUUCAUGUACCGCGUCUCACCGUUGACCUAUCUGGUCUCAGCCCUUCUCUCAACAGGCCUGUCCCAAAACCCAGUAACCUGCUCCGACAUAGAGCUCCUUCAAUUUAAGCCUUCACAGGGAGCAACAUGCGGCCAGUACCUAGAGCCUUACAUGGAACUGGCAGGUGGCAAUAUCACCAACCCGGACUCGACAGACACGUGCCUUUUCUGCCCGCUGGCCACGACAGAUGCGUUCUUACAGACCAUUGAUGCAUCGUAUGACGAGAGGUGGAGGAACUAUGGGAUCAUAUGGGCCUACAUCGUCUUCAAUGUGUUUGCCGCGCUUUUCCUUUACUGGUUGAUGAGAGUGCCAAAGAAGCGACUCAUAUAG